GUGGCAUGUGACUGAUAUGUGUCCCCAGACGGUCCUGUUGUCAGUUCAGAGGGAGCUGACCACGCUGCAGGAGCUCAGUGGACACCAGAAGAAGAGAGCUGCAGAGAUCCUCCACCUGCUGCUCAGAGACCUCAGUGAGAUAGGAAGCCACCAUUGGGUACCAGCGACAUCAAGGUGAUGGCUGAAGGGACGGUAACGGUGGAGUGAUUGAGGAAGAGUUCACCAUGACCCGUCUCUUCAUCAGUAAGAUGAGGUCAGAGGUCAAAUCUCUGGUGAACCGCUCCAAGCAGCUGGAAAGCUCCCAGAGUGACACCUCAUGCAAGAUGGCCGCCAACGAGAAGGAGCUGGCUUCCUGUCAGCUGCUCAUCUCCCAGCACCAAGCCAAGAUCAAGUCCCUGACAGACUACAUGCAGAACAUGGAACAGAAGAAGAGACAGCUGGAGGAGAGUCAGGACGCUCUGACUGAGGAGCUGGCCAAGAUGCACGCUCAGGAAAUCACGAAGGUGUCAGUGGUGGACACGGACAAGAAGAGAGCAACACAUUUAACGUACUGGAGGGUGAACGAGGAAUUAAGAAAGACUCUAGAACAGCAGAUGGAGGCUCACAGAGAGGCCCACCAGAAGCAGCUGCCGGACUCAGAGGCACGAGAUCGAUGA